CUUUUAAAAUGUGAUGUUAGACAAAAUAUAAAUAUAAUUCUGGUUAUGAAAAAACUAUAUGGAAAAGAAUUGAGAUUGGAAGAAAUUGACAUUGAAAGUCUUGGGUUUAACUAUCCUAUAUGUUUUGAAAUACUUGAUAUUAAAUCAAAACUUUUCAUAGAGAUAUCUGAAUCACUUUACAAUAUUUUUAAAGAACCCUUCAUAAAAUAUAAGUUAUUUGAUAAUAGACUUGUAAAGAGUUAA